GUGGAGGAGGUCGUGGACGGGCUGCGGCUGGACGCCGACGCGGUGCUCCGGGUGCGGGGGGUGUUUGAGCAGGAGAUGGAGGCCGGCCGCCUGGACCAGCCUUCCUCGCUGCAGAUGGAGAACACCUUCAUACCUGAGCUCCUAGACGGCACAGAAAAUGGCUCCUUCAUGGCGCUGGACCUGGGCGGCACCAACUUCCGCGUCAUGAACCUGGUGCUCAAGGACGGGCGCCUGGUGGACGAGAACAUCGCCUUCUACCACGUCGACGACCACCUUCGCAUCGGCUGCGGCUACCGCCUCUUCGACUUCCUGGCCGAGUGCAUCGCCGACUUCGUGCACAAGCAAGGCCUGGGCUCCGGCCGGCUACCGCUCGGCUUCACCUUCUCCUUCCCGAUGACGCAGAGCAGCCUGGACGACGGCAAGCUCGUCACCUGGACCAAGUCGUUCAACUGCCCCAACGUGGUGGGCAUGAACGCGGUGCAGCUGCUGCGCGACGCGCUCGCCAAGCGCGGGGACGUCAACGUGGACGUGAUGGCGGUGCUGAACGACACGGCAGGCACGCUCGUCAAGGGCUCGUACCUGGACCGCGACUGCGCCAUCGGCCUCAUCCUGGGCACCGGCAGCAACGCCUGCUUCCUGGAGCACGCCCACCUGGCCAAGAACAACUCGCACCUGACGCACGGCGAGAAGGACGUCAUUGUGGACAUCGAGUGGGGCGCGUUUGGCGACAACGGCUCCCUCGACUUCAUCCGCACCGAGUUCGACGACUCGGUGGACGAGGUGUCCGUCAUCCCCGGCUCCUUCACGUUCGAGAAGUACAUCGGCGGCAAGUACCUGGGCGAGCUGGUGCGGCGGGCGCUGGUGCGGCUGGUCGGAGACGGGCUGCUGUUCAGCGGCACGUCCUCCGCCGAGCUCAACACGACCUGGGCCUUCACCACGAGCAUGGUGUCGCACAUCGAGCAGGACAACCUGGACGGGCUGCACCGCAACACACGCGAGAUCCUGGACAGCUUCAACCUCAACUUUGACGCCGACGACGUGCUCAUCGUGCAGUGGGUGUGCCAGCUCGCCUCCAACCGGGCGGCGCUGCUCGUCUCCACAUGCCUGGCCGUCCUUCUGGAUCGCAUGGAGAGGCCCACCGCCACCAUCGCCGUGGACGGGUCCGUGUACCAGAAGCACCCACGGUUCAAGGCCCUCCUGGAGAAGUACACCAGCAUGCUCGCCCCGAAGAGAAAGAGAAAGUUCCUGCUCGCCGAGGACGGCAGCGGCAAGGGCGCGGGUCUGGUGGCGGCCAUCGCGGAGAAGCUACGGCUGCGGAACAACAACAGCUCCCUGUGAAGGAGAAGAGGAAGAAGAAGAAGUGGAGCGACUGCGAGGAGAAAGAGGACCUGAAGGCGAGAAACCUUACCGUCACCGCAGUGGAGGGGGAGGAUCGACGCUGACGCCCGAUGAUGACCGCCCCCGUAGCGCUGCUGGACCAACGGGGCCCAACACGCGCCUGCGCGCACGGACCUCGCCAUAAGACAUUCCAGAGAGUCACACCGCUGUUUGGACCGACCCUCCCCCCAACCCCCCCAAUCUCCCCGUUCCUGCCGCAGAUGGCGCGCACACUGCUAGUCACUCGUAUGUAAACCACCCCACGCCUCUGCGUGCUACCCCCCUCCCCCUCAAAAAACAACAACAAAACAAACAAAGACGUCACAGGAUGUAUGUCGUAUUGACGUCGAUAUGACUUUAAAAAUUGGUCCACGAAAUGAGUCAAAAAUUUUAAGAGGCUGAAAACUGUUCACUUGUGUUUACUAUGGGAAAUAGCCCCGGGGGAGGACGCCAUGACUUCACUGUAAAUAGCUAUUAGUAAUUAUAGUAAUAAUGUUAAUAGUUGUGUAAGUUAAGCCUGGAGACAGACUAGGUUGAUAUUUUAGACUGUAUAUAUGGAGAGAUGCCCGGGCAGGCCCCGAGGUCCCCGUCGUACGGACGGCUGUUAUUCGAUGUGUAAAUAGUUUUUAUUAUUUUACGUGAGAUGGUAUGUUGUGUGCGUGUGUGUGCGUCUCUCUCUGUGUCUCUCUCUCUAAAAGCAAAAGAGAGAGAGAGAGAGAGAGAGUGAGGUAUGGAGAAGAGAGAGAGUAUCAUUCCCUCUCUCUUGAGUUUGUCCGGCGGGCGGGGUAUUGGAGGAUACGCUACGUUUCCUGGAAACUCUCUAAUAAUAUACCCCUCCCGUGUGUGCGACUGUCCGCUCGUGUCCCAAAACGAGAGUAUGAGCGAGCAGACUCGGGAAAAAUAACCAAAGGUGUUAGGACACCACCCUUUACGGGGGUGCGUGAGCUGUUUUUGAGUUUAAUCUCUAUUUAGAAGCACUAUGGAAUUUCCGUAAAAGAAGGUGCUAAAAGUUUGUGCCUGUAGCGGUUUAAUGCUUUCAUCUUCUCUUUAGCACCUGUUAGAGGCGUGACCCAACAUACCUUUGGCUUUUUUUUACCAGUGCUCUUCUCGCUGGGAUAGCGGCGUCAAUUUGUGAUAUGUGAUUUCGUAAAUGUCCCAAUAAAGUGCCAUACUAAAGCAAG